AGCAGCGUUUUGCACGCUUGGAACUGAUUAGUUUCAUGCAAAGCUAGCUGGCUAAAAUCAACGGAAUUUGUUAUAUUGCAUAUCUAUUUUGAGUGCUCUAUUAUAGAUCCCAGUCUACCACCUCGACUGUCGGUGCGAUCUACGUGUUUUGUACAACGAUUUGGUUUGUGCAAAAUAAAGUUGCUUAGCUGAACGUGUCCGAAUACAGCUAACAUUGUAGCCAAGUUAUUUGCUAGCUAGCUAGCUGGCUAGUCAGCUAGCUAGCUAAAUUAAAGUGUUUGAGUUGUAUCUGGGUUUAGGAUUUCAGUUUUUUAUAUUUUUUUAGAAUAGAAGUAUGGCAGAUGUUACAGCGCGUAGCUUGCAGUAUGAAUAUAAAGCGAACUCAAACUUGGUCUUGCAAGCCGACCGCUCUCUCAUCGACCGCACUCGGCGAGAUGAGCCCACGGGCGAGGUUUUGUCACUGGUUGGAAAGCUGGAGGGAACCAAAAUGGGAGACAAGAGUCAAAGAACAAAGCCUCAAAUGUUGGAAGAGAAGAGGGCAAAGAGAAGAAAAAGGGAUGAGGACAGACAUGAUAUUAAUAAAAUGAAAGGCUUCACACUGCUGUCUGAGGGUAUUGAUGAGAUGGUGGGCAUUGUAUACAAACCCAAGACCAAAGAGACCAGAGAGACAUAUGAAAUCCUCCUCAGCUUCAUUCAGGCUGCUCUCGGAGACCAGCCAAGAGACAUCCUGUGUGGUGCUGCUGAUGAGGUAUUAGCUGUCCUAAAGAAUGACAAAAUGAGAGAUAAGGAAAGGAGAAGAGAAGUCGAACAGCUGCUUGGCUCUACAGAUGAUACGCGUUACCAUGUCUUGGUCAACCUGGGCAAGAAGAUUACAGAUUAUGGAGGAGAUAAGGAGCUCCAAAAUAUGGAUGAUAAUAUAGAUGAAACAUAUGGAGUAAAUGUGCAGUUUGAAUCAGAUGAGGAGGAAGGUGAUGAUGACCAGUAUGGAGAGGUGCGGGAGGAAGGCUCUGAUGAUAGUGAGGGUGAGGAAGCAGAUGUGGGAUGCACCCUUUCUGCUAAUCUGGGAAGUGCAGGAGAUGUGAUGAUGACCAAAAAGAAAGACCUUCACCCAAGAGACAUCGAUGCUUUUUGGCUUCAGCGACAGCUCAGCCGUUUCUACGAUGAUGCCAUUGUGUCUCAAAAGAAAGCAGAUGAAGUACUGGAGAUACUCAAGACUGCCAGUGAUGACCGAGAAUGUGAAAAUCAGUUGGUACUCUUGCUAGGCUUCAACACAUUCGACUUCAUCAAAGUUCUACGCCAACACCGACGCAUGAUUCUCUACUGCACCAUGUUGGCCAGUGCUCAGAGUGAGGCAGAGAAAGAAAGGAUCAUCAGCAAAAUGGAAGCAGAUCAGGACUUGUCCAAAGUUCUUUACCAGCUGCAGGAAACUGAGAAAGAGGACAUUAUUCGAGAGGAGAGAUCACGGAGAGAAAGAGUAAGAAAGUCUCGAGUAGACAAUGAUCUGGAGUCUAUGGACAUUGAUCAUGGAGAGUCGGUGGCAGCACGGCAGAUGCUGGAUUUGGAGGACCUUGCUUUUACUCAAGGAAGUCACUUCAUGGCAAAUAAGCGCUGCCAGCUGCCUGAUGGGUCCUUCCGUAAACAAAGAAAAGGCUACGAGGAGGUGCAUGUACCUGCCCUUAAACCUAAGCCAUUUGCUGAGGAUGAGACACUAGUAGCUAUUGAGAAGAUGCCAAAAUAUGCUCAGGCAGCCUUUGAAGGGUUUAAAACCUUAAACCGCAUCCAGAGUAAACUGUUCAAAACCUCGAUGGAAACUGAUGGCAACCUGUUGGUGUGUGCUCCCACUGGAGCUGGUAAAACUAAUGUUGCUUUGAUGGCAAUGCUACGAGAGAUUGGCAAGCACAUCAAUAUGGAUGGCACCAUCAAUGUAGAUGAAUUUAAAAUAAUUUAUAUUGCUCCUAUGCGUUCACUGGUCCAGGAAAUGGUUGGCAGCUUUGGAAAGCGUUUGGCAAGUUAUGGAAUAACAGUGUCUGAGCUGACUGGAGAUCACCAGCUCUGCAAAGAGGAGAUAAACGCCACCCAAAUCAUAGUGUGCACACCUGAGAAAUGGGACAUCAUUACCCGCAAGGGAGGGGACCGUACAUAUACCCAAUUAGUGCGCCUCAUAAUUAUUGAUGAGAUCCAUUUGCUACAUGACGACCGUGGGCCAGUGCUGGAGUCUCUCAUCGCUCGUACUAUACGGAAUGUGGAGUUGACCCAGGAAGAUGUGCGCCUCAUUGGCCUCAGUGCAACACUGCCAAACUACGAGGAUGUUGCCACAUGUCUGCGUGUAGAUCCUGCUAAGGGCCUGUUCUAUUUUGACAACAGUUUCCGACCUGUGCCUUUGGAGCAGACAUAUGUGGGGAUCACAGAGAAGAAGGCUAUCAAGCGCUUUCAGAUCAUGAAUGAGAUUGUCUAUGAAAAGAUCAUGGAACAUGCUGGAAAGAACCAGGUUUUGGUGUUUGUACACUCACGAAAAGAGACCGGGAAGACUGCACGGGCGAUCAGAGAUAUGUGUCUAGAGAAAGACACCCUCGGACUCUUCCUCCGAGAGGGGUCCGCAUCUACGGAGGUUCUGAGGACUGAAGCAGAGCAGUGCAAGAAUCUGGAGCUGAAGGAUCUCUUGCCAUAUGGCUUUGCUAUCCACCAUGCUGGCAUGACCAGAGUGGACAGGACACUGGUAGAGGAUCUAUUUGCUGAUAGACACAUUCAGGUGCUGGUGUCCACUGCUACACUGGCUUGGGGUGUCAACCUGCCUGCACACACUGUCAUCAUCAAAGGCACGCAGGUGUACAGCCCAGAGAAAGGCAGAUGGACUGAGCUUGGAGCUCUGGAUAUUCUGCAGAUGCUGGGCCGUGCAGGACGGCCACAGUACGACACUAAAGGAGAGGGAAUUCUGAUCACAUCUCAUGGAGAGUUGCAGUAUUAUUUGUCUCUGCUUAACCAGCAGCUGCCCAUAGAGAGCCAGAUGGUGGGCAAACUGCCCGACAUGCUCAAUGCAGAGAUUGUGCUGGGCAAUAUCCAGAAUACUAAGGAUGCACUGAACUGGAUGGGUUACACUUACUUGUAUGUGCGAAUGUUGCGAAACCCCACACUGUAUGGAGUUUCUCAUGAUGAGCGUAGUGCAGACCCCCUUUUGGAGCGACGGAGAAUGGACCUGGUGCAUACUGCUGCCACUGUACUGGAGAAGAACAACCUGAUCAAAUAUGACAAGAGGACUGGCAGCUUCCAGGUGACUGAUUUGGGCCGCAUUGCCAGUCAUUUUUACAUCACCCAUGAUUCCAUAAUGACCUACAACCAACUGCUGAAGCCUACGCUGAGUGAAAUUGAGCUUUUCAGGGUCUUCUCUCUCUCCUCAGAGUUCAGGAACAUCACUGUCAGAGAGGAGGAGAAACUAGAGCUUCAGAAGCUUCUGGAGAGGGUACCCAUCCCAGUGAAAGAAAGCAUUGAGGAGCCAAGUGCUAAGAUAAAUGUUCUACUGCAAGCAUACAUCUCCCAGCUCAAAUUGGAGGGCUUUGCUCUAAUGGCUGACAUGGUCUAUGUCACACAGAGUGCUGGUCGGCUAAUGAGGGCUAUCUUUGAGAUUGUUCUGGGCCGUGGCUGGGCACAGCUCACGGACAAGACAAUGAAUCUCUGCAAGAUGAUUGACAAAAGGAUGUGGCUGUCAAUGUCUCCUUUGCGUCAGUUCCGUAAACUUCCUGAAGAAGUCAUUAAGAAGAUUGAGAAAAAGAGCUUCCCCUUUGAGCGUCUGUAUGAUCUGAACCACAAUGAAAUUGGUGAGUUGAUCCGCAUGCCAAAGAUGGGGAAAACCGUUCAUAAGUAUGUACACCAAUUCCCCAAACUUGACCUGUCUGUGCACCUGCAGCCCAUUACCCGCUCCACACUUAAGGUGGAGCUCACAAUCACACCAGACUUCCAAUGGGAUGACAAGGUGCAUGGCUCAUCAGAGGCAUUUUGGAUUUUGGUGGAGGAUGUUGACAGUGAGGUGAUUCUGCACCAUGAGUAUUUUCUGCUCAAGGCCAAGUAUGCUCAGGAUGAGCACUUGGUUACAUUCUUUGUGCCUGUGUUUGAGCCAUUACCUCCACAGUACUUCAUCAGAGUGGUCUCAGACCGAUGGCUAUCAUGUGAAACUCAACUCCCAGUAUCAUUCCGACACCUGAUCCUCCCAGAGAAGUAUCCUCCUCCAACCGAGCUCCUAGACCUGCAGCCUCUGCCUGUAUCUGCCCUGAGAAAUGCUGCCUUUGAGAGCCUCUACCAAAACAAGUUCCCUUUCUUCAACCCCAUUCAGACCCAAGUGUUCAAUGCAGUGUACAACAGUGAUGACAAUGUUUUUGUGGGAGCCCCCACUGGCAGUGGGAAGACAAUUUGUGCAGAGUUUGCCAUUCUCAGGAUGUUGCUGCACAACACAGAAGGACGCUGUGUCUAUAUUACACCAGUGGAGGCUCUAGCUGAGCAGGUGUUUGUAGAUUGGCACCAGAAGUUUCAAGAUGCUCUGAAUAAGAAGGUGGUCAUACUCACUGGAGAGACCAGUACUGAUCUCAAGCUACUGGGAAAAGGAGACAUCAUCAUCAGCACCCCAGAAAAGUGGGACAUCCUGUCACGCCGCUGGAAACAGAGAAAAAAUGUUCAAAAUGUCAGCCUCUUCAUUGUGGAUGAGACUCAUCUCAUUGGAGGAGAAAAUGGGCCUGUUCUGGAAGUGAUAUGCUCAAGAAUGAGGUACAUAUCCUCUCAAAUUGAGCGGCCCAUCCGCAUUGUGGCACUUAGCUCCUCUCUGUCCAAUGCUAAAGAUGUAGCCCACUGGCUGGGCUGCAGCACUACUGCCACAUUCAACUUCCAUCCCAAUGUCAGACCUGUGCUACUGGAGCUGCACAUUCAGGGCUUUAAUGUGAGUCAUACACAGACCCGUCUGCUGUCUAUGGCUAAACCUGUGUACCAUGCCAUCAUGAAGCACUCUCCUACCAAACCAACCUUGGUGUUUGUUCCUUCUCGGCGUCAGACACGCCUCACUGCCAUUGAUAUCCUUACAUUCUGUGCUGCUGAUGUAAUCCCACAGAGGUUCUUGCACUGUUCUGAGAAGGACCUGGCCCCAUUCCUGGAGAAGCUAUCUGACGCAACGUUGAAGGAGACGCUCUCUAAUGGUGUAGGCUACCUGCAUGAGGGGCUCUCAACCACAGAACGCAGAAUUGUCGAGCAGCUUUUCAGCUCAGGUGCCAUUCAGGUUGUGGUGGCUUCUCGUUCCCUCUGCUGGGGAACAAACAUCUCUGCCCACUUGGUGAUCGUCAUGGACACGCAAUACUACAAUGGCAAAAUUCAUGCUUAUGUUGACUACCCAAUUUAUGACGUACUACAGAUGGUAGGAAAGGCCAAUCGCCCCUUACAGGAUGAUGAGGGGCGCUGUGUCAUCAUGUGCCAGGGCUCCAAAAAGGACUUCUUUAAGAAAUUCCUUUAUGAGCCUCUGCCGGUUGAAUCUCACUUGGACCACUGUCUACAUGACCACUUCAAUGCUGAGAUUGUCACCAAAACGGUGGAGAACAAGCAGGAUGCUGUGGAUUAUCUGACCUGGACUUUCCUUUACCGCCGCAUGACCCAGAACCCUAAUUACUACAAUUUGCAGGGCAUGUCUCACAGGCACCUGUCUGACCACUUAUCAGAGCUGGUGGAGAACACACUGCAAGAUCUAGAGCAGUCGAAGUGCAUCAGUAUUGAGGAUGAGAUGGACGUGGCUCCCCUCAAUCUGGGCAUGAUUGCAGCCUACUACUACAUUAACUAUACCACCAUUGAGUUAUUCAGCAUGUCUCUGAAUGCCAAGACUAAGAUUCGUGGCCUGAUUGAGAUCAUCUCAAAUGCUGCUGAGUACAAGAACAUUCCCAUCAGACACCACGAAGAUACCCUACUUCGUCAGCUGGCCCAGAAGGUGCCUCACAAGCUGAACAAUCCCAAGUUUAAUGACCCGCACGUGAAGACAAACUUGCUGUUGCAGGCCCAUCUUUCUCGCAUGCAGCUAAGUGCUGAACUUCAAUCUGACACUGAAGAGAUUCUCAGCAAGGCUGUGCGUCUAAUCCAGGCUUGUGUAGAUGUGCUGUCUAGUAAUGGUUGGCUAAGUCCUGCUUUGGCUGCUAUGGAGUUGGCUCAAAUGGUGACCCAGGCCAUGUGGUCUAAAGAUUCAUAUCUCAAGCAGUUGCCUCACUUCACAUCAGAGCACAUCAAACGCUGCACUGAGAAGGGUGUGGAGAGUAUCUUUGAUAUCAUGGAAAUGGAGGAUGAGGACCGUACUGCUCUUCUGCAACUGUCAGAUGUUCAGAUGGCUGACGUGGCACGUUUUUGUAACCGCUACCCCAACAUUGAGCUGUCUUACGAAGUGGCUGACAAAGAUGAUAUUAAGAGUGGCAGUCCAGUGCUGGUUCAAGUGCAAUUGGAGAGGGAGGAAGAGGUUACAGGACCUGUGAUUGCUCCACUCUUUCCUCAGAAGCGUGAAGAGGGCUGGUGGGUUGUGAUUGGGGACCCCAAAUCUAACAGUCUCAUCUCCAUUAAGAGGUUGACUCUGCAGCAGAAAGCCAAGGUGAAACUGGACUUUGUGGCACCUAUUGUUGGAGUCCAUAACUAUACACUGUAUUUCAUGAGUGAUGCAUACAUGGGCUGUGACCAGGAGUACAAAUUCAGUGUGGACAUCAAAGAGGCUGACAGCGAUAGAGAUAGUGACUCAGACUGAUCAGAAAGGUAUCAAUGUUGGAGACUGCUAAAACCAAUUAAUGAGCAGAAUGAUUUUCUCAUAUUUCAUAUUAUUGUGAAAUGAGCAUAAUUCUAAAUAUGUGGCAAGCCAUAGCAUUUUUUAGACAUAUUUUCUCAUUUCUAUUUUUCUUUUUUGUUGGUUUUGCUCAGUGAAAAAAUGCAAGGAAUGUGAUAAAAAUCGCUCUUGACAAAUUGUGUGAAAAUGAACAUUAACCUAUAAAUUAACAAUUGAUUUUGACUGUCUCUAUAAUUGCUUUGUAUAUGUAUGAUCUUGGUUGAUGGCUAAAAGGAUCUGUCCAAUUUUGUAAGAAAAGGGGGGGGGGGGUGCGAUAUGCUUAGACAUGUCACAUUUCAAUAUAAUUUGCGUUUCCGAAGAAACAAAACAACUUUUAUGCUACGUCAGGAAGUGGGUAAGUUGUCCUAAUUUGAUCUAAAGUCGAAACUACUACUUCUGUGUCAUGGAUGUUCAUUUGGAAGAAAACUUUUUACAAUUAAAAUAAGUGUAUUAGCACUAUGAAGUCCAGGGUUUCUUGCAUGUUGUCCUAUUUUCCCAGUCUAUACCCAUUUUAACCCCCCCCCCCCCCCCACACACACACACACACACACACACACAUCUCAUUUUCUCCGUGGACUCAUAUGGUGAAAUUCUGUGGUUUUAUAGCUAUUCAUACCAGAUUUGUAGAUGUGUUGUGACCAUGUACCUAAAUGUGUUAAUAAAAUGGGUAAUUUGUGUUGGGGCUACAA